AUGGGUCUGCAGGCACGUCAGGCGAUGGCGCACAGCCUUGACUCUCGGCCCACCGUGGAGGAUUUCUGCGAAGGCAGUCCGUGGGUGCAACUUGCAAAGACUCACUGGCUGGAGCCAUCAAAGGUCCGCAAGGUCAGACCGGAUGCAAUCAAAAAGGAUAUAUGGGAUCCCCUAGAGACUGAAAACUUCAGUUUUCGCUCACUUCUUACAUUGGAGAAUUUGAACAUACUGGAAAAAUUUCUUUGGCCCACCUACACGGAAGAAGCUUCAAAUUAUCAUGUGCUCCUUCUAGCACUCAUAGUUAGUGUGAAACAGCGCGAGCAUCUACCAAUAUGGAGUAUCUUUUCCGAUCGACCUGAUGAUUUCUCGAAUCUUUUCCACCGGAUCCUUUCCAUGAGCAUUGACCAGUCAGUUCCUGUAUAUUCGCGCCUGUCUAUACUCUCGUUCAUUAUCAGUGCCUUCCAGUCCCUCGAAAACGUCUUGAUACGAAAAGAAUGUGCACCCCUCGUUUCCAUAUCCACCUGGCACAACCUUUCUAGCGAUGAGACUAGGGAUCGUAUGCUUGCAAAAGGGCCAACACUGAAAAAAGCAUGGCGGGCCGCUGCUAAAAGGUACGACGCAGGAGAUGAGACAGCCAAGGCAAAAAUGCGAUUUGAGCGUUCUUGGCUAUACACGAUGCUGCUCGAUUUUCUCCAAAGACUUGGCAGGUCUGAGAAAGACCAAGCGGAAAAUUUACGUUACUGCGAGCGCUUCCUCGAAUUUCUGGUUGACCUAGAGAGUCAACUUCCAACAAGGCGCUAUGUCAAUACGCUGCUGAAAGAUCUCAGCUUACUACCAAUUAUUCGCUUGUCACGGUUAUACCGUGCGCCCGAGAAUACACUCUUCCGAGAUUUCUAUAGUCUUUUAAAGCAUUUCGUCAAUUUUGCAAUCGACGACUAUACAGGAGAGGCCUUGUCUCCACAGACAGUAUAUGAUAUUCAUUGCCAGGAACUAGCACAUCUACAGAGAACUUCGAUGAAAUUCUUCAAAGACAAGUUAAUGAUUCUCGCUUUAUCCAACUACGGGUCGAUAGGGCAACGCUCGGAAUUAGAGGGGCAAUUGUCUUCUUUAGAGGAGUCCGAACUACAGAGUCUAUGUGCUCAUCUUGGCUUCCGUACAACUUAUCCCAGUCAGUCCCAAGUUACACCGGAUCGACUUUUGUAUAUGGAAAUUCUCUUGUCCUUCUAUGAGCGAAAGAUGUCUUUUCAAGAAAUUUCUUCGCACCUCGCCAUUGUUCCUACAGAAGAGAGCUUAUAUGACCCGGCAUUGCUGCGAAACGAAACUUACGACGGGUCUAGACCAAUUGCAAUCCCUAAGCUGAACCUCCAAUAUUUGAGUCUCGGUGAUUUCCUUUGGCGCUCGUUUAUUUUGUAUCGCUCCGAGGCCUUUUUUCAGAUCCGCAAGGACAUGGAAGCGAUAGUCAAGCGGAUGCAGCCACGGGCCAGUCGUGACGGUAAAAGCAUAACCUUCGAAGGGUUUUCUCGCAUGGCUAUCCCAAUCUCAAAACCUGCGAUUAUUGAGGUCGCGCCUGCUAAAGUUGGCUCGGCAAAGCCAGCUUUUGUAAGAGCUGAGAUCACUAUUGAAGUUGGCAGGCUGGCCGACCACAUCAGAAAAGAAUGGGAAUCACUACGUCCAGAUGAUGUCAUUUUCCUUUUAGCUGUGCAGCCUGGUGGUGCAAAUAGACUGGGACUUCAUGACUCCUACUCAGCUGAGAGCCCUAGUCUUUCUCACGUUAGGACGGCGGAAAUCGUGCAGGUACUCGAUGAAAACGGGCGUCCUCUGCGCGAACCUGCUUCAACCCAGACAAACGGCUUUAGACCCAGACCGCGUGUCAGGAGAUUGCUGGUCAACAUAGAUUCCGCCGCUUUCAAGGCAGAUAAGGACCGCAAUAUGCAAGGAAAGCCGGACAUCUAUCCAUUGAUCAACGUGGUUGCCAGAAGGAAGGGUAGAGAGAAUAACUUCAAGUCAGUUCUUGAGACCAUGCAAAAGCUCAUUGUCUCUGACAUUGCUCUUCCUUCGUGGCUUCAAGAUAUCUUUCUGGGAUACGGAGACCCUGCAGGAGCCCGAUAUACGGAAUUACCAAAUCGAUUACUGUCAGUCGAUUUUCGUGAUACCUUCUUGAACUGGCAGCACCUCGUUGAGAGCUUUCCAGGUACGACCAUUGAGCCGUCUGGAGAGCAGACCUCAACAUUUGGACCUCCAUACGUGCUCGAAUACAGUGAACCCGCCCAACCCCAACCUGCCACAAACGCCUCCAAAAAGCGACGGAGAGAUCAAGCUGAAAAGCAAGAAGCUGCUCCUAAAACGCUUCGUGUAUCAACCUACAAACCCCCGAAUCGGGGGCCUUACCCUGUCGAUGCUCCAAAGCUCAACUGUGUGCAAUUUACUCCAGCUCAAGUUGAAGCUAUAGCAUCUGGGACUCAGCCUGGGCUCACUAUCAUCGUUGGCCCCCCGGGAACUGGGAAAACGGACGUCGCAACGCAAAUAAUCAAUAAUAUUUACCACAACUUCCCAAGCGAGCGUACCUUACUUAUUGCCCAUAGUAAUCAGGCAUUGAAUCAACUAUUCCAAAAAAUUGUCGCUCUAGAUAUUGAUGAGCGCCACCUCCUCCGCCUUGGUCACGGUGAAGAAGAAUUGGAUACUGAGGCCAGCUACAGCAAAUAUGGUCGUGUCGAGUCGUUCCUUGACAACAGAAAUUACUUCCUAUCCGAGGUCACACGAUUAGCAACAUCCAUAGGAGCGCAAGGUGCCCAUGGAAGUUCUUGCGAGACCGCUGGAUACUUCAAUACAGUAUACAUUCAACCUGCCUGGGCGAAGUUCUGGGAUCACGCGCGUGCGAAGGAUGCCUCUACUGAACAAAUUAUUGCGAAGUUCCCGUUCCAUUCCUACUUCUCAAACGCCCCACAACCUGUCUUCGAUCCUUCGGCUUCAAAGGACGUGGUUCUGGGUGCAGCAGAAGGUUGUCAACGACAUCUUGCCAAAAUAUUCUCCGAGCUAGAAGAUAUUCGGCCGUUUGAGAUCUUGAGACAACCGAAGGACAAGGCAAACUAUCUUCUAGUAAGGGAAGCGAGGAUAAUUGCAAUGACAUCCACUCAUGCUGCAAUGCGUCGUCAGGAGAUUGCGGAUCUCGGCUUUCAUUAUGACAACGUUGUAAUGGAAGAAGCUGCGCAAAUCACGGAGAUUGAGAGCUUUAUCCCAACCUCAUUUCAGAACAUGAAGGAAGGCCAGCUUCCCUUAAAGCGUAUGGUCCUUUGUGGAGAUCACCUUCAAAACUGUCCAAUCGUGCAGAACUUUGCUUUCCGCCAGUACGCACAUUUUGAACAAAGUCUCUUUCUCCGUAUGGUGAGACUGGGUGUCCCCAUCAUUACGCUUGAUCAGCAGGGUCGCGCACGAAGUAGUAUCGCCGAACUUUUCCGGUGGCGGUACCAGGAGCUUGGCGAUUUACCCAUCAUUGGAACAGCUCCGGAGUUCAAACAGGCGAAUGCCGGGUUCCAGUUCGAAUACCAGUUCAUCAAUGUCCCUGACUAUCAAGGUAUCGGUGAACGAGAACCCACGCCUCACUUCAUUCAGAACCUUGGCGAAGCAGAAUAUGCGGUUGCCAUCUAUCAAUACAUGCGACUUCUUGGCUACCCGGCGUCGAAGAUAUCCAUCCUUGCUACCUAUGCAGGUCAAACGGCAUUGAUCAAGGAUGUAUUGGCCCAUCGUUGUGCCAAGAAUGCUUUAUUCGGUAUACCGAAGAUCGUAACAACCGUGGACAAAUACCAGGGCGAACAAAAUGAUUAUGUCAUUCUUUCGCUCACCCGUACUCGUACGAUUGGAUAUCUACGCGACGUCCGUCGUCUUACAGUUGCCCUUUCCCGCGCCCGUCUUGGCCUCUAUAUUCUUGGCCGGCGCGAGGUGUUGGAGUCGUGCUAUGAACUUAAGCCUGCGUUUGAUCUGCUAUUCCAACGGCCAGACAAGCUCAUGCUCACUACAGGGGAAAUGUUCCCUACAACACGAUCGCUGGACGAUGAAGUUCAAAGUACAUCCAUGGAAGGAGUGGAACAUCUGGGGCAAUAUGUGUACGAAAUGACUCAAGCUAAGAUCAAGGCUCUCGGCGACCAGGGCAUCGUUGUUGAGGGCGCAAUCCCAGAUGGUACGGAUGAUUUAUUGGAUGAGGAUGAAGUCAUGCUGGGGGCUGGUGAAGAAGAAGCACCAGAUGAUGAUCCGUUGCAUGAGCAUGCACUGACUGGUGCGUAA